UCUAAAUUCAAAAACCGUUUUUGUCAUCUUCCUCUCAAUUCUCAGAUGAUGAAAGUUUCAGACUCGUCUUCACCGACAGGAGUUCUCGAAGAGUUCUUCAGAACCGAAGAAUUCGAAAGCUCCCAGACUACAACAACCAAUAAGAACCCUUCCUCCUCCUCCUCCCGUUUCAGCAGGGUUGUUCAUCUUCUAAGAAGCACGUCCAAAAAAUCGCUAGAGAAUCUGAAGGUCCCGUUUCAGUACAACAAUUCCGUUACAAGCUCAUUGAGAAGAUGCAGUAGCUUGAGAGACAGUCUCAGAUUUGGCUCCUCCAAUGAUUCUCCCGUUCUUGCACACUCUCCUCGAAGAAUCUUUUCUUUUUCUGAUCUCAAAACUGCCACCAACAAUUUCGCUCCAGAGAAUCUAAUUGGAAAAGGAGGUUACGCUGAAGUUUACAAGGGGAAGUUUUCAAAUGGACAAAUGGUAGCCAUAAAACGGCUUAUGCGUGGAAACAGCGAAGAGAUCAUUAUAGAUUUUCUAUCAGAGAUGGGUAUAAUGGCACAUGUUAACCAUCCAAAUAUAGCGAAGCUUUUAGGCUAUGGUGUCGAAGGAGGAAUGCACCUUGUUCUUGAGUUGUCACCUCAUGGGAGCUUAGCUUCUAUGCUUUAUAGCUCAAAGGAGAAGAUGAAAUGGAGCAUCAGGUACAAAAUAGCUUUGGGAGUUGCAGAGGGCCUGGUGUAUCUUCACAGUGGAUGUCACAGGAGAAUCAUUCACAGAGAUAUCAAAGCCGCAAACAUUCUUCUCACGCAUGAUUUUUUACCUCAGAUAUGCGACUUUGGGCUUGCGAAGUGGCUACCUGAACAUUGGACACACCAUAUAGUUUCCAAAUUUGAGGGCACAUUUGGAUAUCUUGCUCCUGAGUACUUAACACAUGGGAUAGUAGAUGAAAAGACUGAUGUAUUCGCCUUGGGUGUACUUUUACUAGAACUUGUUACUGGACGACGAGCUCUUGACUACUCCAAGCAAAGUCUUGUUCUUUGGGCUAAACCAUUGAUGAAGAAGAACAAAAUUAGAGAGCUAAUUGAUCCAUCUUUAGCGGGCGAAUAUGAAUGGACCCAGAUUAAGCUUGUGCUUUUGGCUGCUUCGUUAUCAAUCCAAGAGUCAUCUUUAGAGAGGCCUGGGAUGAGUCAGGUCGUUGAGAUCCUCAAAGGCAACUUGAACGAUCUCAAGUGCAUCAUGAAAUGCAGAGUUCCUUUUUAUCGAAAAGCUUUUAGAGAUGAGAACAUGUCAAGAAAUAUUGAGAAAAUUAGAUCUUGAAGAAAGGAAAUGGAUGAAACUCAACAAAGGGAAAAGAAGAGAUAUAGAUGGCUUACAUCAUUUUUGAAUAAAAAUUCGUUAUGCAUCACUUGUCAACAAGAUAUUAAUGGAAAUGGUAAGCACAUAUAGUGAGUGUAUUCUUUGUAAAUUUUCUUUAUUUAUUGAAAGCAUACAAGUAUUGGUACUGAGCUAAAGCGAAUAAAACCCUUGCUUUAGGUUCCAAAAUUAUGUUAAUACUUAUAU